AUGGACUUUGAAGAGGAAGCACUCUUAUUACUUUUAUUACAGCGAAGAAUGCGGCGUCGUAAGAAGAGACAAUUUUGGGUCCAUCCUAUUAUUGAAAAUAAAAAUGAAAGCCAAUUUAAUUUGCUGUACAAUUCAUUAAGAAUAUAUUUGGCAACCGGAUGUUCUUUUAAAGAGCUCCACUAUACAUAUAGAUGUGGUUCAACAACUGCAAGUGAAAUUGUCAGAGAUGUGUGCCAUCAGAUAUGGCUUAAAUUACAACCAAUUCAUUUAUCAAAACCAAACAAAGAAAAAUGGCAAGAUAUCGCCCAACAAUUAAAAUCAAGAGCUAACUUUCCCAACUGCCUUGGAGCCGUGGAUGGAAAGCAUAUACGUAUCAUUCACCCACCAAAUA